CCAGAAAGAAUGGCAAGUCGCAUUGAUAGGAGCAGGACAAAAUCAGCAAUGAACAAAGUCAUAGAUAUUCCAGAAAUUCUGGAAAUGAUCCUGGCUCAGAUGGAUAUGCGCACGCUUCUCACAUCUGCUCACCGAGUCUGUCGCAACUGGGCGAACCUAAUCAGCAAGUCACCGUCAAUCCAAAAGGCCCUUUUCUUCACUCCGAUCAAGGACUCCGAAUGGGGAAAAGAAGAAAAUAUACCUAACCCGCUAUUAACGGAGACUUUUCCUUCUUUCUUUACCGCCAAGGACAGACCGGAUCGCUACCAGUUCGACUUUUCUAACUUGCCCAUGACUAAAGACGCCUUAAGCAUGGCUCGAUUUGUACGAGAAGACGCAAGCUGGCGCAAGAUGCUAGUCCAACAGCCUCCUCUCUUGGAUAUUGGACUUUUCCAUAUUUGCCAUGCAAGGGGCAAUCAUAAUGCCGAAAGCUCUAGUAUCCCGGCGGAUAAAAAGAUACAGCAAUCCGGACAUGAUGGUCUUCGGAUGGAAAGGCUCUUCGAGCUUUUGCUCUUCAGUGACGAGGUUAAAUUCUUGAGUUACACUCAAGCACGGGUGUAUUGGUCUACUGAAGAACCAAUCCUAUUUGACGAGAGCUUCCAGAAGAUCAACGAUGAGUUCCAUCGGAUGAUGAGCAAGUUUGGCUUGGUUCUUUGUACACGCGAACUGAAACAAUACCCUAUGCGCACGGGUCCUUCAAGUCCCGAGGAACCUAUCAGGGAGGAUAUUAUCACAGCAUACACAGAACAUGGUUUUGAUGUUGAUCUCAAGAAAAAGGAAAUCCAAGAAUCGACCGUUGAAGGAAGUGACCUAUGUUGUUGUUCUUGUUGUAUUUAACGUCAGGCGGAAUAUAGGCUUCGCCUAUAUUCCUAUAACCUCCUAGGGGGUAUAUGGACGUGCUAAGCUAUAGAGUUAUAUACAAAUUAUAUAGGUAUAGAAG